AUGUCGCCUGUUGGUAAGCCACACCCAAAGGAUAAAUUCACACCAGCUGAAGAUGAAAAGCUCAGAGUUCUUGUCCAAGUUCUUGGUUUGUCUAACUGGAAGAAAGUUAGUGAGUACAUGGGAACAAGAAAUGCUCGUCAGUGCAGAGAUCGUUAUAAAAACUAUCUUGCACCAUACCUUAACAGUAGCCCAUGGAGUAAAGUAGAUGAUGAAAAGCUUAUUAAUCUUGUGAACCAGCAUGGUCACAAAUGGUCAUUGAUUGCUAAACAGUUCAGUGGUCGUACAGAUAUUAAUAUUAAAAGCCGCUAUGCUCUUCUUAUGCGCCAGAAAGAGAGAAACAGACAAAAACAAGAAUCAGAACCAGAAUAUAUUCAAGAGAACGAACAGAUGCCUAUUGUUCCACAAUCUACUACAGAAGAUUUAUCACAGCAGCCAAUAUUUGAUGAUUGCGCUGAUCUUUUUGAUUUCGAUAUUUCGGAAUCAUUCGAUUUCACUAUGUGA